CCCUGUACACGUCCGAACACGAAACGAGUUGAAUGUUUGCGGAUGGGGGCAACGGCCGUGCUUGCGUCGCUGAUUCUCACGCGUCUUGGAUCUGGCUGGCUGGGGCUUCGAGUUGCUUUUCGCGGUUUUCUUUUGUGAAGCUCUAGUUUUAGCGUGUUGAGAAACUUGUAUUGCGACGCGCAGAGGUGAAACCCCGACGCUCAUUUUCGUUCGUUUUACUCGCUCUGUCCCCUCCGCGGAGAACCUAUGAGCACCACGGUGUUACGAGAACAGGAAGGACAACGUGUAGAGAAGGCAGCUUGACGGGGAUCUAUGAUCAAACUGGCGACUACGGUGGCUUACACGAUGGCGGCAACGGUUUUGCCCGCCGAUGAUACGACAGAGACACACCCGCACGCAGACAUGGUCGACAGCGACCAGGACGCUGAGGGGGAGGACGACGAGACCGACUUUUACCACAUGGACCAGCAGCUUCAAGAUGCGGCCCAUCGAGCGUACUCCGGGGAAGAGGUCGUGGGGAAGCGUCGGGCUGGAGACGGAGAAGAAGAAGAUGAUGAUAAUGCGGAGGAAGACGAGGAAGACGCAAGCAUAUCGGGUCCGGAUGAUCAUGAUGAUGCGGAACCCGUGGGCGCGGUCAAGCUGCCGAACGGCGCAGCUUCAUCCGAUGACGAAGAUGAAGACGCCGAGGCGGAGGCGGACCUCGAUGCAGACCCGGCUUUCCGCCACGAUGGCCACAGCGACGAGCAUCACGGCGAAUCCGAGUCCGGGUCAAGCAGCAGCUCCGAAUCCGAUGCCGAGGAAGAGGAGUGGGAGGCCGAAAGUGAUCGCGAGGGCGAGGCGGAAAUUCCUAGCCGCACUGAUUGCAUUUUCUGCCACCAAGAUGAAGAACAUGACCCGAGCGAUGAGUUUGAGGAAUAUCUGACCUGCAUUGUUUGUGGCGAUCACUCCCAUCGGCAAUGCGCGCGCGAGCAAAACGCCCUCGGCGAAGAAGAUGUUUCCACGUGGCGCUGCCCAGCCUGCUUCAAGGACAAAUCGGAGCCCGACACGACUGUUAUGGCUACUCCCCGGCGCAGAACCGGCUCGCUAUUGACUCGGGAGCUCCUACCAGCACACGACCAACCGAAUUCCAUUUUCAAUACCGAGAUCAUUGGUGACGACGCACUCCAUGGUUCGCGGGCCCUUCGCAAAAGGAAGGCCUCGUCAGCGGAAGCAGACGAGCAUGUGCCAGUUCUUCGCAAACGGCGGAAGCAGACGACAGCCGGUGCAGACUCUGGGCUGUCGGAUGAUCACGCAGCAGUCGACAGCGGCGCCCUCGCGACGGUUGAUGGUGUUGAGGGGGGGGGUCCGCUUCGAACACGCACGCGCCGGGCUCGCCGGUCGGGACCUGAGGGUUGCCGGAUAAUCUCUAAACAGCUUGACAAGCUGGUCAUGGCCUUUCGCCUGAACGAGCACAAGCUCGCGAGGAUCCUCAGCUCGCGGCGGAAGCGGCUGCACAAGAAGCGAAAGAUCGCCAAUCCUCCACCGGCCCCGGAAGAGCCUCAAACCCAUUUCCUUCCCAUCACGCCCGCCUCUUUCAUCUCUCCCUUCUAUUCCUUUCCGGACCGCGAACACGAUGAGUCCAAGUCGAAACCGUACGGUGGUAUCCUGUCGGAAACGGACGCGGACACGACCAAGACGCUCCCCUUACAAAUUGACCGCGAACGCUUCGAGUCUGCCCGCCAACGGGCCGAAGAUGCAUGGCAACGUAAGGUUCGUGAGGCGGAGUUGGGCGGGGAAUCGAUCCAGCGCGCCUCGCAAAAGGUCUCUGGUCCGCCGUCCAAGAUCAAAUACAUCAACUUUGGCGGAUACGAAAUCGAGACCUGGUAUGCUGCACCCUACCCUGAAGAGUAUAGUCGCAACCGGGUGCUUUAUAUCUGCGAGUUUUGUCUGAAAUACAUGAACUCCGACUUCGUCGCCUGGCGGCAUAAGCUCAAGUGUCCGGCCAAGCACCCCCCGGGUGACGAGAUCUACCGCGAAGGAUCCAUCUCGAUCUAUGAAGUCGAUGGGCGCAAGAAUCCAGUCUACUGCCAGAACCUCUGUCUCCUGGCCAAGCUCUUUCUAGGGUCCAAGACCCUUUAUUACGAUGUGGAACCAUUCCUGUUCUACGUCAUGACCGAGUACGAUGAUCUCGGCUGCCACUUUGUCGGAUAUUUCAGCAAGGAAAAACGACCCAGCUCCGCCAACAAUGUGUCUUGCAUCCUCACGCUCCCGAUCCACCAGCGCAAGGGCUACGGCAACCUUCUUAUUGAUUUCUCCUACCUGCUGACCCGCAUUGAGGGCAAGACCGGGUCUCCGGAGAAGCCCCUCUCCGACAUGGGCCUGGUGUCAUACCGGAACUACUGGCGACUGAUCCUAUCGUAUCAACUCCGAAACCAGAAGACCCCGAUCAGCAUCGUGGAACUAUCAGAACGGACGGGCAUGACGGCCGACGACAUCGUGUCGGGCCUAGAGGGUCUGCGUGCCCUUGUGCGUGACCCCGUGACCAAGACCUACGCGCUGCGCCUCAACCAUGCAUACUUUGAAGAAUGUAUUGGCAACUGGGAGAGCAAGCGAUACGUGCAAUUGAACCCGGAUGCGCUCGUGUGGACCCCGUACAUCAUGGGUCGAAGCAACCAUUCUCAAUUCGACCGCGCCCCGAUCCACACUGUGGCGCAGCGAGAAGGUGCAGAUGAGGAGGAGGAGGAAGUAGAAGAAGAAGAAGAAGAGGAAGAAGAAGAAGAACAAGACGGGAGGAAGACUGCUGCCAACGGCGACGGCAAGCAGUCCCAGCCUGAUGCUGAGGGUAGCAGGAAAAGCGCUCUGGGCGAGCCUGCCGGGCCGCCGUCAACAAGUGUCCUAUCCACUAGCAUGAAUGGUCUCCGUCACGCUUCUUCCACCCCUGCAAGCUUCACCACCGCCACCUCUCAGAACCCUGCAGCGGGGAUCCCGCCCACUCGGUUUGAAAUUUGGCCACCGGUGCAAGGUCCCAUCUUCAAGCGCCGACCUGGCCGACCGUUUGGCUCGACGAAGAAGAAUAUUGCCGCUGCUGCUGCUGCGGCGGCGGCGGCGGCAGCAGCAGCGGCAGCAGCAGCGGCCGGCGAAGUCAUUCCCGACACGACCAGCACAGUCGCACACAAUGCCAGUGCUGCCACAAAUGGAGCCAGCGAGGCUACCCCGCUGGCCAACCGGGUUCUCAACGGUCGUGGCACGCCUAGGCGCGCUUCUGCGCUCACAUCGUAUGCUUCUCCACUAGGCUACACCCCUCGCGUGCGACGUGGCCGGAGUACUAGGACCGAGUCCAGUGCUGGCGGGGAGAUGAUAACCAACGGAGCCACCGAUCAAACCCAAGAGCCACCGCCACCGCCACCGCUGCAGGCACAACAGGAACCUUCUGACAAGACUGAAGCCACCUGGAAACCGGAAAUGCAGCCCUCGCAGCCCUCGCGGCUGAAUAGUGAGGCAGAAGCGUUGAAGAAUGGCAAGGCAACACCCGAUCUCACCGACGCCAACGGGUAUCCUAAGCCUGCAGCGGAGGAGAACGGCGAUGCCAUGGAGGACAAAGAAGAAGAGGAGGAGACAGCUUCGAGCCCGAAGCAGCUGGCGGUGACCAAGAGUCGCGGCCCGGAGGGCGCGACGCGGAUCUCACGGUCUCUGAGCAAGAAAGCCUUGGUGGAGAAGUUGGAGGUUAUGAUUGCUGCGGAUGACGAAGCGGGGGCCCUUGAUGCCGAUCAGGGGCCGCAGAUGGAUGGUAUCGAACAGUCGUGAUCGUUCCAUUGACUGACCUACUACAGUCGGUUUUACCCUUACUACCUUACCUCCCUCCUACGGGAUGAUGUGAAUUGUUUUUCUUUUGAACCCCCUCCCGGCCCUUUUCUUUUUUUUUAUUAUUAUUUUCCUCUUGGAGGGAAAAGGGGGGUUUUUAUUUUGAUUGUCUGCAAGGGAUGGCGCUCAAGGAAGUUCUGGAGUCUGUGAGAGCCCAUGUUUCGAUUCGACCAUUGCAUUUUUCUACCCUUUUUUCUUUCUUCCCUCACCCUCCUGGUUGGGCUGAUUAAUUCCUUUGCAGCCGGUGUGGUGUACCUUUACGAGUAUGUAGACGAAUAUUGAUGGAUCAGUGUAGAUUAUAAUCGUUCAAAUAGUAG